AUGAGCCUCAAUUCACAGCAUCAGGUAUCAACAAUUAAGAAAUAUGUUAAAGAAAAGAGAAGACAAAAUUUGAAAAUUAGGGCCAAAAUCAAAGAAAUGGAAAGCGAAAUUGAUGAUCUACGUGAAGAAUUAGAAUUGAUGGAUUCAGAAAUUGGGGAGGAUGGUCCUAAGUUGUUGCAAAAAGGUUCUCUUUCCGGCGGCGGUUUGGAAAUGGUUUCACCGGAAAACACGAAUUGGUUGUAUGACUAUGAGGUCGAGGAUAUCCCGGUUCCCCUUGGGAAUUUCUCUGCUCCACCAGCUGGGUUUUCUUGGCCUAUUCAAGCUUUGAAUGGUUCAUCUAAUGCCAGUGUGGGAAUUGAUGGCUCAUUUGGGGAAUCAGACAUGCGGAAGGAAACUGCCUCAAAAAAGAGACCUAGAGCGGAAUCAUGCACUCCAUCAAGUUCUAAAGCAUGCAGAGAAAAACAACGAAGGGAUAAGCUAAAUGACAAGUUUAUGGAAUUGGGUGCUCUUCUCGAGCCUGGACGACCUCCUAAAACAGACAAGGCUGCCAUCUUGGUUGAUGCAGUUCGUAUGGUAACUCAGCUACGAGGUGAAGCCCAGAAGCUAAAAGACUCCAAUUCGAAUCUUCAGGAGAAGAUUAAAGAACUGAAGGCUGAGAAGAACGAUCUUCGUGAUGAGAAGCAAAGGUUAAAGGCUGAGAAAGAGAGGCUAGAGCAACAACUAAAUACCAUGAAUGUCCAACCUGGCUUUCUUCCCCCUCCUCAUGCCAUACCUGCUGCUUUUGCUGCUGCGGGCCAAGCUGGGAGCAACAAGUUGGUGCCCAUCAUCAGUUAUCCUGGAGUUGCUAUGUGGCAAUUCAUGCCACCCGCAGCUGUUGAUACUUCACAGGACCAUGUGCUUCGCCCGCCAGUUGCCUAA